AAUCUACAUUUUUAUUAACCGAGUAGCUUAAGUAAUGUUAUGGCCAAGAUUGUUUCUCCUUUUUUUUUUAACAGGACAAAGACUUAAAAGCCCUUAUGUCCCACCUAAUAGCCAUUUUAUCCCCUCCUUUGAAUAGACUCCACCCAGCCUCCUGCAAAGCAAGCAUUUUCAAAGAGCCACAACUUGCUUAGGUUCAUCCUCCCUUGUGAACCCUGUGUCCUUAAAUGUAGCUCAGUAAUGGCAGGCCUUGGAAAAAAAAAGGUGUUUACACUGGGACAACAUCCAGCAACUUGCUGAUGACAACAUCUGAUGACAAAAUAUUGACAUGACUCCAAAGUACACUCGUGAAAAGCUCCGCCUAUACUUUCUGUGUCUCUGGUUUUGGUUAAAAUUCAACUGAAACUACUUCCCCUUCACAAAACUUUUCAGAAUAAGACUUCCAACAUUUUGAGUUUCCCAAUGCAUUUGUUUUUUUUUUCUUUUCUUUUUUUUGAGCUCACAAAGUAACAGCUGUAACUUAAAGCCCCCUCCUGAACUCUAUACAAAUUGAUGCAUUUUCAGAGUUUUCACAUCACAUAGUUGUAGGUGGAAAGUGUCUCGCCUAUAACACGAGUUUAAGGUGCACACCGGUGAGCAUGUCUGGUGACAUCACAACCAAACCUGUUCCAAGAAGUAACUCUGCAACAUAUUUUUUAGCUUGCUUUGCUGGGCAACUUUCACUGAUGUAGGGGACAUCUUUUUAUUGAGGAAUUAAACUUUUGAAAAUAAAAGAAACAGAAAUGUUAUAGUUGGUGUCCAAGUGAUUGGGUGAUACAAAGUUAAUGAAAUAUUAGACCUUAACUGUGUUUGCAACUAGGAAUUUACACAUAUAACACUGCCAAGGCAAGUUACCACUACAGAAUACAGAGUACAGCGUUGGUUUCUUUGCUACUAUUUGUACUCUUUUACAGAUGUGGCAGGAAAUUACUUUAGUUCCACAAAUAAAAAAGAAGUGACAAUAAAUAGCCAGAAUACUGAUAAAAUAUCUAAAUAUAACAUUACCCAAACAUGUGACAUGAUAUAGUCAUAUAGGAACCAAGUAGUUACCAUAAAAAGAGAGUGUAGACUUUUAAGUUGUGUUACAGAUCUACUUAACGUGAUUCUUGAAUUCUGAAAUUCUGUUUUGCUGAAAGAUAAAGGGAUUUGUUUAAGAAACUGGAACCAAAACAGACCAACAGUGAUCACAAUCAGAAUCAGCUUUAUCGAUCAAGUAUAUGAAAUCAAACAAGGAUUUGUGCUGUUCUUUUUUCUCUUUGUUCUCAAUGUACUUAACAGAAUAGACAAAAAGACAACAGCAACGUAACACAAACAAUAACAACGUGUACAGUGUGUUUAGAUUUAUAUUUGCAAUGCAAUGGUGCAGAGUGCAAUAAAUUGUGGAACAAAUAACAGAUGGAUCACUAGUUAUAUAUACAGUAUAUGCAUGGAAUAUUGACAGUAUUAUGUAUAAUAUAGACAUGCACAGCAAAACAAUAUAUACACCAUGCUUUAGUUCAGCAGCAGGAUUGUGGAUGUUUGAGUUAUAUAUAAUUCAUCAUCAUACAGUUAGGUUUUCAACUGCAAUAUAAUUAUUACUCGAUUAUAAUCUAAACAGGUAUAUUAAGUAUGGUGUCUUCUUCAUAAAAGCGACCACUUUUCUUAUUCCAAAGAACAAUGCAAUCUUUUAAUAAUCAGUGUGAAUACAUUUAAUAUUCUUAUCUGAUUUAAGAAAUACUAUAAAAAUUAUUUAAGUGUUAAAGUUGUAAAUAAAAAUAAACAAAUUAGUAUUUCUCCCCUAAUUAUUAUUACUGUUAAAAACAAAAGUAAAAUCAUAAUGACCAUUUAAACCUAGAUAUCUUAAUUCGUCUUUUGAACCGUUAUUUGAUGUCUGCAACAGCCCCCGACAUGCACGGUUGCGUUAGCCUAGCUUAAGUAUCUCUAUACUGCCCUUUAACUUGUUGAAAAUCUACUUUAACCUUAUAUGCAAACAUGAGACGACUGUGAGUAACGCAGUUUGUAAUGUGGCCAAAAAGUCAUGGCCAACACACAGAGACACUCACUGCCACAGUUUGGUUUUAUGUUUACGUGUCGUUAACGGCAGCGGCACAAUUAUUAACUCGCAGACUGCGUGGAGCUGCUGGCUGUUUGUGUUCAACCUCUUCGGCCGACUGUCAAAAAAAAAAAGAAAGCUGGCAAGCGGGGGUUGAUCUCGCGGCGGUUACACAGUGCGGGAAAUUAACGUUAACUCAAACGCCCCCUGCUCAACGGAUUUUACAACGGCUGUUUUUGGCUGGCUUUUACCCACAGUCAUGUGAUUGUAACGUAAAACCCCUAACCGGAAAACACCGACGGACGACCCUCUCUCCGCUGCCAACGAAUGCAGCGUUUACAAGGAACAGUUGAAGCUGCUGCGAGCCCAGAGGACGGACGAGUCUCCGGUAACAAACAAACAACGGCGACACGGCAAACUCCGCCAAUUUAAGGAGCGCGCAGGUUGAAGAAUGGAGUUGGCCAACCAUGGUCUUAUCCUGCUGCAGCAGCUUAACGCUCAGAGAGAGUUUGGCUUCCUGUGCGAUUGCACCGUGGCUAUAGGAGAUGUCUUCUUCAAAGCCCACAAAGCUGUCCUCGCUGCCUUCUCCAACUACUUUAGAAUGCUCUUCAUUCACCAAGACAGUGACUGUGUGCGUCUUAAGGCUACGGACAUACAGCCAGAUAUCUUCAGCUACCUCCUCAACCUGAUGUACACAGGCAAACUUGCCCCACAGCUCAUAGACCCUGCACGACUGGAGCAGGGGGUCAGAUUCCUGCACGCCUAUCCACUCCUGCAGGAGGCAAGCCAGUCUGUGUAUUCCCACCCCGAGCAAAGCAUCAACCUCUCAACCUCUCUCUAUGGCAUCCAGAUCUCUGACCAACAGGUUGCGCUGUCGGCCAGACUGCCCAGUCGGCAGAAUCUCUCUUCACCCUUUGAUACCGAGCAGGGGAGCUCAGAAGGAAAGUAUCCAGCCACGCCGCCUACUAGUUCAUACACAAAUUCCUUACCACCAAAGCAAGCUUCCUCACCCCCAGAUAUGGAGGCUUCAACUAGUGGUGCAAAGCCUAUGGUUGAGGACGGGGUAAUGGAUAUCCUAAGUCCGGACGGUUCGUCAGCAGGUGCCAUCCUCCAUGUAAAGCCCAGCAUAAUGAAGCGGAGUUCCUCCUUUAGGAAGCAUUACUCCUGCCAUCUCUGCAGGAGUCGAUUUACCCAGAGAAGUUUCCUGCGAGAGCACCUCCUGCAGCACACACAGGCUCUUCAGCAGACCUCGACUGAGCCCAGCAAUUCACUCUCACCUGUCAUAACUAAAGAGCACGGCUUACCAGCUGAGGGAGUUCUAAAGGGAAACAAGGCUGGGUCAAGUGGCUCGGUUGCACCGACAGCGGUCGAGAUCAUUAGCGACAGUGAGCAAACCCCUGUUUCAGGUACCAAUUCAGACUCUCCUCGAGCAGAGGUGUCCACUUCCAGCUGGGGAGUGGGAGGGUUAAAUUCUCAGGCCGAUACGCCUCCUCCUUCAGAUAUCGCAGACAUCGACAACCUGGAGAACACAGACGUGGACCGGGAAGUGAAGCGACGGAAGUACGAGUGCUCCACUUGUGGCCGCAAGUUUAUUCAGAAGAGCCACUGGCGCGAACACAUGUACAUCCACACAGGAAAGCCUUUCAAAUGCAGCACUUGUGGCAAGAGCUUUUGCCGUGCCAACCAGGCAGCCCGGCACGUGUGCUUAAACCAGGGGGCCGACACAUACACCAUGGUGGACCGGCAGAGUAUGGAGCUGUGCGCUGCAGGUGACGACAGCAACCAGAUGGAGGCGAUGUUUAUGGGCUCAUCGAAGCCUUACAAGUGUAACAUUUGUGCAACUACGUUCUCUAGCCCGAAUGAGGUGAUCAGACAUCUGUGUUUCACCCAAGGGGGAUUAGUGGGGCUGCAGGGAAACUCAGGUGCAGGUGCGCUGCUCCCACGUGAAGAAUUUUCCAAAGAUGAAGGCUCAGAUUUGUCCAACUCUGUUACCCCACUAGAACCCAUAAAGACUGAGGAAAUCCUCGUAGAAUAGUGCCAAGGCUUGUGCUUCUGUCCUGUUUUUGAAAAAACAAACAAACAAGUGUGUUAUCUAAAUUAUGUUCAAUAGGUAAGCUAAAGGUGAAGAUAGUCAGGUGACGUAUGUUUGAGGCUCUCUUAAACUUUAUUUUUUUAAAGGUGCAGUGUUUAGGCUCGAUAAAACAAUGUUUAAAGUAAAUACGCUUGCUCUGUUUGGAAGAAAAUCAAAUACGUGACAUUUGGCUUGAGGCUCGACUACCACUGUUUUGUGUUAUCAUUUAAUUGUUAGCGCACAUUGGUAUUAUAUCUGACAUGUUAGGGUGUACCACACUCUCAUGAGCUACUAUUGUGGUGAGGCAGUUUCUUCUCUAUAAAAGGAAGAGGAAGCCGAGGCAGUUCCGGAGGAGACAGCAUGUUGCAAGAUGAGUUGCCUGUGCUAAAUUUGUGAGAGGUGCAAAGUUCUAACAAUUCCUCUGGACGUGCACAGUAGAGUCGCUUCUACAUGUCCAUAAAUGAGAGGCUGAUUUCACAGAUCAGGCAUAAGAAUUUCCGGCUAAAAGCACACAAACCUGAGACAAUCUGCGCUCUUAUUUGAGUAGAUUCUUAAUAUGCAUCAAACUACAUUUGUCUUCCAUUAGUCUACUUGUGAGGGCUCGGCAGAUUGAACACCUCGACAUGUAAUCAUUAAUUCUCAGCAACGAUUUAGUUUCCUUUCUGUUCUGCGGAGUGUGGUUGAGGUUCCUGCGUCAGUCCUGUCACGCCACAUUAAAGCACAAUUUCUUUUCGUAAUACGUGUUUGGCCACUGAGGAAAAAGUCACAGGGAACACAUUUCAUCUGUCUACAGUUGUGCUGCUUUGAUUCGACUCAUCUUUCUUGCUGUGUGUGAGUGUGUGAGACAUUGUAUAACUUUUUAAUAACUAGGUUCUGAUUUGAAGAAGCAAUAUGAUCCAUUCAGACACGCAUACCUAGAUGGAAGGCUGUCCUGUACAAUAUUUUACAUCUUGUCUUUACAGUUAGCCUGGGUCAUCUUCUAAAAAUCCUUAUAAUAUUUGUUUGUAACGCUUUUAUUAUUAUUUUAUAUACUCUGCUAUACUUACAAAGACUACAUUGUAUUGAAAAGAUUUAUGUAUACUAGUUGAAAAAUCGCUUUUCAAAAACACACACAUAAGGAUGACCGUGAUAAAUAUCUUUCUCCAAAAAUUAGGCUGUGAUUUAAAAAUUAGGUUUUAAGCCUCCUUAACUUGCCAACUUAGUGCUCACUGUUGAUAUAUUUUAAAAAUCAUUUUGUGAAAAGGGAAUUUAUUUGGGAAGUUGAAGGGUUGUUUUGUUUUUUAGUUGUUUGUUUUCUAUUCUUUAGUUCUGUCCACAUUAGAAAAAAGUAGUGGCACCAGCAAUUGUGAUUCAUAGAAAAACUUUGGGCUUGUUCAAGCUGACAGUGGGAUAUAGGAAGAGUUUUGAUUAACAUGAAGUUUGCAAGAUAUACGAAGUAACAGGGUUAUGUAAUUAUAUGGAAUUAUAAAAUGUGCUUUUCACCAAUUCUUUGGGAUAUCCAAACACUUUGUAUGUACUACUGAUGACUGGAACUUGUGAGACAUCUUUUGAAUAAGUGUGGAAUAAAUGUGAAGCUAGGAAAA